AUGGCGAACGGUUAUCCUCGAAAUUUUAUAGAACGCAACAGGCAGCCUGCGCCAAGCCGAAGCCCAGUGACAGAACGACCAAAAGUCUGGCGAGCCCUUCCCUACAUUGACGGCGUCUCUGAGGCGGUCUCCCGUCUCCUAAGGCCACUGGGAAUCGGAAUUGCCCAUCGGCCAGAAUCAACAAUCCGGCAUCUGGUAAUGAGACCCAAGACCCCGCUGCCACCCGGUGAAACAACAAACGUGAUUUAUCGGAUCCAAUGCAGCUCCUGCGAAAUAAACUAUAUUGGGGAGACCGGUAAACGACUCCAGACCCGUGUUAAAGAACACAUGAGGGCCGUAAGGAGGAUGGACCAGUUAUCCCUGGUGGCAGAACACUGCGCAAACUCUGGACACACAUUCGCUUUCCAGAGUGCCGAAAUCCUGGGCCGAGGAAAUGAUCGCGUGACCAGGGAAACAAUCGAGGCCUGGCACACCAGCACGAACUCCAUCAACCGCUGUGUAGCGCUUCCCGAAGCCUACCAGGCCCUCCGGACGCAGCUCAGAGAACAGGCGAACAAACGCGGGUUACGAGGACAAAGGAACCCAAUUACGGCCGGGUCCAUGGGGGACGCAAACGCGGCUGCACUUCAACUUGGAUCUGGCGAAGGUGCGAUCGCCACAACAGUCGCGACACCCACUUGUCCAGCCGGUGAGAAAACGGACGUUCGCAGUAACAUAAGCGGACCCGACGAAGGUGCCAGCGUCACUGCCACUUAUCCGGCAGGUGAGAACGUAGGCUGUCGCGGGGCCUUAAAGAAGAUUGCCAGCCGAGUACGAGAACUAAGAUCCACGGGGGACACAAACGCAGCUGCACUUCAACUUGGAUCUGGCGAAGGCGCGAUCGUCACAACAGUCGCGACACCCACUUGUCCGGCAGGUGAGAAAACGGACGGUCGCAGUAACAGAAACGGACCUGAAGAAGGUGCCAGUGUCACUGCCACUCAUCCGGUAGGUGAGAACACAGGCCGUCACGAGGUCGCAAAGAAGAUUGCCAGCCUAGGACGAGAAGUACGAUCCAUGCGAACACGUGCGAUGACGGCUAGCGCCCGAACGCCGGCCCCCGACGAGAGCUAA